CAAUCGUUGAACCCCAAACUUGAAACGACCACGUGGACUUCAAUCAUUUUUACCGGCGAAGUCGCGGAGUCCACGGCACGUUGCGUGACUUUGAACCGCGUAACCCAUAUAUAAAUUUAUUUUGCAACUUAUCCUGUCAGUUGUGUGCUAGGUCUUGAUUUGUCAAGCCCUAAAUUACCGGGAGAACAAGUCAUAACAGUGUUUACAUUACCCCAUAGUGCACUUUGCAAGUUUGGAGUAACUUGUAAACUGUUAGUGAAAACCAAAGAGACUCUUGGACUUAAUUUUCUUGUGAUUUUUCUGUGAAUUUAUAACAGAUAACAAUGGCACCAAACACGUCAAUGCCCACCGGUGUUCUUCAUGAACACGAUGACGAAGUCCAAGCAAAAAUGAUUCCCGCGGAAAUUGUAAAACCAAGCGAGCGCAAACUUGAACUGGUUUGGCGCAACAUCAUUCUUUUUGCUUAUCUUCACAUGGUAGCGCUGUAUGGAUUUUAUCUGAUGAUAGCACAGGCGAAAGUAUUUACUUCGAUAUUGGCUGUAGUGUUAUAUAUUUGCGGUGGUCUGGGAAUAACAGCUGGUGCUCACAGACUGUGGGCUCAUCGCUCCUAUCAAGCAAAAUGGCCACUGAAAAUUAUCCUUACCAUCUUUAAUACCUUAGCAUUUGAGAACUCAGUAAUAGAAUGGUCCAGAGACCACAGAGUACAUCACAAAUUCAGUGAAACCGACGCAGAUCCGCACAACGCCAAGAGAGGAUUCUUCUUCGCUCACGUUGGUUGGCUACUCUGUCGCAAGCAUCCCGAAGUCAAGAGCAAAGGCAAAGGAAUCGACAUGUCCGAUCUGGAACAAGACCCCAUUUUGGCUUUCCAGGACAGACACUAUCUGAUGCUCAUGCCUAUAACCUGCUUCGUGAUUCCCACCAUCAUACCAAUGUACUUCUGGAACGAAACUUUCUUCAAUGCUUUCUGUGUCAAUAUCUUCAGAUAUGUAUUCACCCUGAACGCUACCUGGUUAGUUAAUUCUGCUGCACACAUGUGGGGUGACAAACCUUAUGAUAAAUUCAUUAACCCUUCCGAAAACGUCUCUGUUUCGGUCUUCGCCUUAGGUGAAGGCUGGCACAACUACCACCACACCUUCCCAUGGGACUACAAAACUUCCGAAUUAGGCAAAUACAGUACCAAUUUUUCAUCAGCCUUCAUUGACUUCUUCGCCAAGAUCGGCUGGGCUUACGAUCUCAGAACUGUCUCCAUUGACAUGAUCAAGAAAAGGGUACAACGUACCGGAGAUGGAACCCACGAAAUCUGGGGAUGGGGAGACAAAGACCAACGUAAAGAAGACUAUGACGACGCCACGGUCUUGUACAAAAAAGAUUAUUAAUACGAAUGCUAGUGAAUGAUAGUGAAACAAUAUAUAGUAGUCGUGAAUGUAGUAAACACUGAAAAUGUUACUAAAAUUUUUGAGUUGCGUCCGGAUGUUACUUGUACAAUUUGGAAUUUUUACUAAUUUUAUUAAUAGUUUAGCAUUUAAAAACUUUUGAUAGAACAUCCGGUAACGCUGAGACAUGAAUCUCAGAACACAAAAAUUGUAAGUAAUAUAUGUGUAGUUACAUAGAACCUUGAUAUUUUCAUGUUAAAAUUUGAAAUAAAUAUAUCUUAUUUAUGUAAAGACUUUAACGACUACAAAUUGUGUGUAUCUGUGACAAAACCCUAAGUUAUAUUGAAGAGACUGAUAAAAAAAUCGUAAGUGACUUGCUCUGAACGAGUGGUAAAACUAAAUGGUAACUUAUCCAGCCAUGUAUGUUUGAACUGUUUCAUCGUCUGCCGGCAGACCAGUGAUUUGAUUUGGAACACGAAUUUUGGUCUUUGUAUACCUAAAUCAUUUAGAUUUGCCACUUAAAUUUUUAAAAAUUGAUGUGAAUCAAAAUAAAUAAUCAAUUUAUUACUGUUGGGUACAAAACACACUUAGUUUUGCGUACGCAUCUUAUACAAUACUUUCAUGAGAUUUUUACACUGUUUAAAAUAUUAUAGACCAUAUCUUGAAAUUUGGAACUCCAUAUGAUAAGUUGGUCUUCUUCUCUCGUACUGUUCGUUAAAAAUCAGUUUUGCUCCCUAACUUUUGAUAUGUCUUUAAUCUAAAGGUGGCAGGUAGAUUUUUUGCUUUUUGUUAAUUUUUAGCACAGGUUCAAGACACUCUGAGGAAUUUACGUAGGAAAGAAGAAGUUUUCUGAGCUAAACCACCUGUAUAACUUCACAUAAUGGAUAAUGUUAAGAAAUUUAAAUGUCAACACCAUGGGCGCCCAUAUAAAAAAUUUCAGGGGGGGGCAGACCUGAAGAUUUUGCACAUUACAUUUUGUACACUAUGGAUAACAAUAUAUAGUUUGAAGCACCCGAAAAGCUAGGGGAGCUACGGCCCCCCCUGCUCUUGGGUAUGGGCGCCUAUGGUCAACACCAAAAAUAACGGCCAAUAAAAGGCGAAAAAAAUGGCAGCUUUGAUAAAGUGGUUUCGUGCUUUCUUCUUUGAACGACAACGGUUCCUUUCCGUUUAAGACCUGUCGUUUACUUAUUGCGAGGUGGUUUUGCUUUCAAUCAUAGUAAAUUUUCCGGGGAUAAAUAAUAAGCUAGUUUUCACCACUUGUGGACGCUUCUCUAUUCCCUCUAGAGAGGUUCAGUGUCUGAAAAGUUUGAAAUUUGAAGUAUCAGUUACGAUAAGAUACCUAUGUAGAAACCUCAUUUUUGAAGAUAGCUUUGAAGAAUCAAAAAUUUAAUUGCAAUAAAUAUUAUAAUUUUUCUACAAGAAAAAAAAACAAUAGAAAGAGUAUAACAUACUAGUUAUUACGCCAUAUAGACUUUGUUAUCCAACUUUGCUGAUAUCAUUACCGUAUCUAAUAAAAAAAUCUAUUUUUACUACUUAAUAUCACAUUUCCUGAUGCAAUAUCCGAGAAACGAAAAAUUACCCAAGAUAAUAAAUUGAUUUUGCUCUACUUAAGAACAUAGUGGCUGUUUUAAAAAUAUGAUGUUAAUAUUUUUGGAAAUUGUGUCCACCUUAGUAUAUAAUUAAUACUACAUGUACCAAAUGAUGGCCACAGACUAUUUUUCGUUUUCUGUCUGUCCUAACGUCCAUCUACUAAACGUGAAAGAGUUUGGUAGAUGGCGGUAAAAAUGCCAUGAACUUAUUUCUGUAGAAAAUGAGGCUAUUGAAUAUGUUGUGAGGAAAUAGGCAAGUGUAUGAUUGCUUACGAUUGCCAGACAAAUAAGGAAGACUAAUCUAGAAUUCUUUUCAAAAUAGAAAAAAAGACUAAUCAUUUUUAACUGCUACAAAAAUAUCAUUUUGCAUAGUAUAAAAAUAUAAAGACGAUUUUAAAUGAAAAUUAAGAUUAUAUUGAAUUGAUUCAAAACAGAAUAUUUCGAUGAAUUUACACUUGAAUAAAAAAGUUUUUUAUUGGAAAAAUAAUCUGUGACCUUAUAAUAUACCAGUAAAUCAUCAAUGUGAAUAUAUUUUCAUGUAAACGUGAUAUUUAGUUUCUAAUGUUUAGCUGUCUUAUAAGAGAAAGAUCUAUCGGUUUUUCGAGAGAAUAAUAGAAAAACUGCACAGAAAUGUACAGAAAAAGGUUGUGUAGGAAAGUUUUAAAAAAGUUUUCUCGGAAAGAAAGAUUUGUUCUUUAUCGGGCGGUUUAGUGGUAUUCAAUUGUUAAAUUUUUAUUUAUAUCUAUCUCUAGUGGUGGUUAAGUAAUCAUAGACGUUUUUGAUCAUUUGUACUUUUGCCUAAAUAGAUUUGUUUUUAAAAUUA